GCACUAUAGUCCCAUCUUUGUUCGUCUACCCCUGAAGUAACACCAUUAUUCAUCGGAUCCAAAUUCGGAAACCCCACAGAAUUACGUACAGUUCCUGUAUCUAUAAUCAACCUCUCAUAAACAGCAGCUCAAAAUGUCUAGCGACAGUGAAGAUUUCGACGAGGAUGAGCUGUUGCAGAUGGCUCUGAAAGAGCAAGCACAGCGCAAUGUCAAUUACCAAAAACCCACCAAAACAUCUUCCAAGCCCGUCCGAAACUACGUCCAGCCGCCUUCCAAUCGGUCUUCAGUCCCUGUGAAAAAUCCCAUCCCGGUUCAGCAACCGAAGAAAGGGAUCGCUCACCAGCAGCAGAAGAAGGGGACAGUGGAAGAGGACGAUGAUUCGGAGGUGGAAAUGCUAAGUAUAUCUUCCGGAGAUGAGGAUGAUCGUGGGAUCGGGGUGAAAACCCGGGCCGGGAGACGACGAGAUGACGAUAAAGGGUGGGAUGGAGAAGAGCCAAAUUGCUGGAAGCACGUGGAUGAAACUGAGCUGGCUCGAAGGGUUCGUGAGAUGAGAGAAAGCAAAACAGUUCCGAUGGCUCAAAAGUCUGAACAGAAGCCAUCAGCACUGGGUAAAAAAGGACUAAGCAAUAUAAAGUCACUUCCCCGAGGAAUGGAAUGGGUAGAUCCACUAGGACUGGGGCUAAUUAACCACAAAACAUUUAGGUUGAUCAGUGAUAGCGUUGCAAGUUCUCCGUCCUUGGCUGAUAAUGAACCUCUUGAUUCGAAUGUGCGAGAGAAAUUAAAUUNUGAAUAUGAUUUGGCUGUGAGAGAAUACAGGAAAGCAAAAUCAAUUGUUCUGCCUUCUCAUGUGGGAAUUCUAAAACGUGUUCUUGAGGAGGUUGAAAAAGUAAUGCAAGAAUUUAAAGGCAUGCUUUACAGGUCAAUGGAAGAUCCAAACAUUGACCUAACAAAUCUUGAAAAUAUUGUGAGGCUUUUGUUGGAGCUUGAACCUGAAUCAGAUCCCGUAUGGCACUACCUGAAUAUUCAGAAUCACAGAAUAAGAGGUUUGCUUGAAAAAUGUACUUUAGAUCAUGAAGCACAAAUGGAGAAUUUGCAUAAUGAGAUCCGUGAAAAAGCACUAUCUGAUGCAAAGUGGAGGCAAAUUCAGCAAGAAAUAAAUCAAUCUUCAGAUGUGGAUUACUCUCUUAAUCUUGGAAACUCCCAUCUUUCUGGAGAUCCACUUCCUGGAGAUGUGACUAGUGAAGCAGUGGAUGCUCUAAGAGGAAGAUAUAUCCGCCGGUUAACCGCUGUGCUUGUGCACCAUGUACCUGCCUUCUGGAAAGUUGCCCUUGCUGUUUCCAGUGGAAAAUUUGCAAAGUCUUCACAAGUCUCUACUGAUUUAAAUGCGAAUAACCAUGUGAAUAAAGCCGAGGAGAAAGUGGGAGAUGGGAAAUCCUCAAGUCAUUCCCUUGAUGAAGUUACUGGAAUGAUACAUAGUACUCUAUCAGCUUAUGAAUCCAAGGUCCAAAACACCUUUAGUGAUCUUGAAGAAUCCAAUGUUCUUCAUCCAUACAUGAGUGAUGCUAUAAAGGAAGUAUCCAGAGCAUGCCAAGCUUUUGAAGGAAAGGAAGCAGCACCUCCAUUGGAAAGGAAUAAAUCACCAUACACUAUCUCUUCUUUACCUCUGGCAUUCCGUGCAAUUAUGAUAUUGGCAAUGGAUCAGAUCAACUUGAUGAUCCAGUCAUUAAGAAGUGAAUCUACAAAGUCAGAAGAUAUUUUUGGACAGCUUCAAGAAAUUGAAGAAUCUGUCAGGGUUGCCUUUUUGAACUGUUUAUUGGAUUUUGUUGGUCAUCUGGAACACAUUGGCGCCGAGCUUACCCAGAAUAGAUUGGACAGAGAAAGUCCACAUUUCCAAAAUGGAUAUGCUCAUGAAGUACUGGAAAAAUCAUUUGAUCCUGUUCCUGGAAGCAUUGUUGAUCCUCAUCAACAGAUGCUGAUGGUUUUGAGUAAUAUUGGAUAUUGCAAGGAAGAACUUGCUCGUGAAUUAUAUCACAAAUACAAACAUAUUUGGCUGCAAUCUAGAGGAAAAGUAGAAGUGGACAGUGACAUGCAAGAUUUGUUUACGUCUUUCUCUGGACUUGAAGAGAAGGUCCUUGCACAGUACACUCUUGCUAAGACAAAUAUGAUUAGAACAGCUGCUGUAAACUACUUGUUGGAUGCUGGAGUGCAAUGGGGAUCAGCACCUGCUGUUAAAGGAGUCCGAGAUUCAUCUGUGGAGCUAUUGCAUUCUCUAGUAUCUGUGCAUGCAGAGGUUUUUGGAGGUUGUAAACCUCAAUUGGAUAAGAUUCUUGGUAUUCUUGUUGAAGGCCUCAUCGAUACUUUUCUUGGUCUUUUCCAUGAAUAUGAAACCAAAAACCUAAAGGCAUUGGACAUGAAUGGCUUUUGUCAGCUCAUGCUUGAGCUUGAAUAUUUCGAGACCAUAUUGAAUCCGUACUUCACUCACGAUGCAAGGGAAUCUCUUAAGUCUUUACAAGGCGUUCUGUUGGAGAAAGCUACAGAAAGUGUGACAGAGUCUGUAGAGACUCCGAGUCAUCAGCGACGGCCUACCCGUGGAAGUGAUGACGUGCUCGCAGAUGAUAGGCAAACAGGAAUGAAUGUAUCACCAGAUGACUUGAUCGCUCUUGCCCAGCAGUAUAGUUCUGAACUACUUGAAGCCGAGCUUGAAAGAACAAGAAUUAACAAAGCAUGCUUUAUGGAGUCAAUUCCACUGGACUUGGUUCCAGAAUCAGCCAAAGCAGCGUAUGCUUCUUUCAAAGGGUCAAUGGAUUCUUCCAGCAAGAACUUUCGAGGAACACAAUCUUUUGGUUCUCCAAGUUUCUCAAGUCACAGGCGUAGAUAGAUUCGUACUUACCUUGUUCAUUUAUUCUCACACACCCCAACCCGAACCCCAAUCCUUCCCCUUCCAUUUUGCUCGUGAUUCUAGUAUUUUUGCAAUGGAAAAAGAAGUGUAUGUUCCGUCAUAGCCCGAAAAUCAUUUCAUCGUACUUAUUUGUUUCACCAAGAUUUACACUGCUUGAAAUUGUGUUGUGUGUUUUGAUGAAUUCAA